AUGCCGCACGAAGAAGACGCUACAAUGUCUGAUCCAAACGCAUCUUCUUAUAUUUUCGACUUCGGCCUCAUUUACGAUGAGCUCAACUUUACCUACAACUACAACGAGUCAAUCUUCAUCCUGGACCCGGAGACGCAGCCCUGCUACACCUACUCCAUCCCAGACGCGGUGGCGGUUGCCCUCGGCGUCUUCUACAUCCUCAUCUUUCUGAUGGCCAUCCCCGGCAAUCUGGUGGUGGGGCUGGUGAUCGGCCUGAACAAGCAGCCGCUGCCCCCCUCCGACCUCUACCUCCUCCACCUGGCGGUCGCCGACCUCCUGCUCGCCGUGACUCUCCCGUUCUCGGCCACCUCCGUCACCAAGGGCUGGGUGUUUGGAGACGCCAUGUGCAAACUCGUCACCGUUCUCCAGGAGCUGAGCUUCUACUCGAGCAUCCUCUUCCUCACGUGCAUCAGCGUGGACCGCUACAUGGUGAUCGUGAGAGCGAUGGAAGCCCGCAAGACGAACAGGCGGCGCGUCAGCCGGGGGGUCUGCGCCGCCGUGUGGACCGUCGGCGCGCUCCUCUCUCUGCCGGGGUUUUUCAGCUCGACUUUCCAGAGCUCCGAACAGACGGCGUGCGGCCAACAGUACAACCCCGGCAGUGCCGACGUGUGGCGUUUGGCCACCAGAGUCCUCCGCCACACGUUGGGCUUCUUGAUCCCCCUGGCCGUCAUGCUGCCGUGUUACGGAGUGACCGUCCGACGCCUCCUGCACGUCCGCGGCGGCGUGCAGCGGCGGCGCGCCAUGAGGGUGAUCGUGUUCGUCGUCGUCGCCUUCCUGCUCUGCUGGGCGCCGUACCACUUCGCGGUGAUGGCGGACAUGUUCUUCCGGGCCAAGAUAGUGCCGUACAAGUGCCCCGCCAGGAUGGCGGUGGACAAGGCCGUGUUGGGCACGCAGAGUCUGGGGCUGCUCCACAGCUGCGUCAACCCGGUGCUGUACGCCUUCGUCGGGGAGAAGUUCCGCAGGAGGCUGCGGCAGCUGGCGGGGAAGGCGGGCUUCCCGGAGAGAAGGUCGUCGGCGUCGAGGAGGAGCAGCCGGUCCUCGCUGUCGUCGGAGCUCACGUCCACGUUCAUGUGAGAGUCGGCGAAGAGACACUGAUGAUAUUUGUCCGCAGCUCACAUUGGAGAAACGCAAUCAUCGAGAGGGAAACCAUUUCAAACAUUUGCCCUGGAGAUUUCAUAUUUGUUGUGAAUAUUUAUUUUUUCACCUUUUGCCCCAUUUCUUCAUUUAAGUCGGUUGCACUAUUUUAUGUCUCAGAUUGUCAUUUUUCACUUUUUAUACAUACACUACCGUUCAAAAGUUUGGGGUCACUUAGAAAUGUCUUUAUUUUUCAAAGAAAAGCACUGUUUUUUCAAUAAAGAUAACAUUAAUCAAAAAUACACACUAGACAUUGUUAAUGUGGUAAAUGACUAUUCUAGGUGGAAACGUCUGGUUUCUAAUGAAAUAUCUCCAUAGGUGUAUAGAGGCCCAUUUCCAUCAACUAUCACUCCAGUGUUCUAAUGGUACAUUGUGUUUGCUAAUCGCCUUAGAAGACUAAUGUCUGAUUAGAAAACCCUUGUGCUAUUAUGUUUGCACAGCUGAAAACAGUUAUGCUGGUGAUAAAAGCUAUACAACUGGCCUUCCUUUGAGCUUGAAGUUUGUAGAACAAAAUUAAUACUUCAAAUAUUAAUCAUUAUUUCUAACCUUGUCAAUGUCUUGACUACAUUUUAUAUUCAUUUGAUAAAUAAAAGUGUGAUUUUUCAUGGAAGACACGAAAUUGUCUGGGUGACCCCAAACUUUUGAACGGUAGUGUAUAAAAAGAGCCAAUGUUGGCGGCAGAUCUCCGAUUUCAUUACCAAAGACUGCAUCUCUUUGUGCACAUGACAAUAUGAAUAACUUGAAUAUUGGGUUCAACUGCGGAUAAAAGGACAAUGUUGUUUAAAGUUAAGCUGCAUUUACCCAUUUAAAUCCCCUCUCUUUCCUCAGUCAUGUCUUGUUCUGAGGAAACAUGUUUGUCAAGUUUCGACAGACCAAACAUCCCCUUCUGGUGAACCCCUUGAGACGCAAGUGAAAUAAUAAACUGUGACACGCCUCCCUCAGCAUUAAAUAUUAGAACUAUGUCUUUUUGUUGUUGUUUUGCAUAUGAAUCGGAAUUAUACUUCUAUGAUUUAAAUAUCCACAUCAACAUCACUGUCUGAGGAUGUUGCCUCCAACCCAGAGUGUUUACUGCAGCAAGCAGCAGAAACAUAACAGUAUAUAUUUUACAGGACUAUAACUCCAUAUACGUGUUAACAGUGAUGUAUAAAUUAAAAGUAUGUUUUAUGUGCAGCUGAAGACAGCAGGUCGCCAUUCAUGUGCCACACAAUUACAAUCUUUAUAGGUAUCAUUAAAGUUUUACAAACAUGUU